UUCCCAGGCCGCGUCUCGUACGAUCGCCAGACCGUCACCCUCUGCACCAGCCACCACCUCCCAGACCGCCAACGGGCAUCAUCCUUACGUACGCAGCAUGGCUCCGAGCCCCGAGCCCCGUGUAUACACACAGACGAUAAGGAGCACUCAAGGCGCCAGCCCUCAAGCGUCGGGUCCGGCGCACAAUGGGCACCACAACGAGCUACGUCGUUCGGUUCUUCGUCCUCGGGAGACUGACGUUGACACCAAUACACCGUUUCGGCAGGUCAAUGGUCGGUCGGCCCCUCAUACUAGUGCCGACGGAGGGUGCGACCGGAGUCGUGCACUUCGCCGCCGUGUACAGAUUGCUUACCUUCGCGACCUGGCUAGGUCGAUGGAACUGGGACGUCUGUCUCGCCUGUUGUUCCUCCGGUUCGGAGGCGUGAGGAGAGAGGUAGGAGUCGUCGAGGUGAGGACAUCUCCGUGUACGUGCGGGAAGACAAUUUGGAGGCCGCCGGCUCCGUGGCGGAUCCGUAGGUUUUUUUUUGUACUUGUACUUUAUUCCUCUUGUUCGGACUACUUUUACUUUUCUACUUCUCUUCUGUUUCCCUUUGACGUUGACCUCGUUCUUCUGAACUAUUUAUCCUGGUCGCAUCCUCGAUCAACGCGUCAGGACGCAUUGUCGAGCGGUGUGCACGGACUCCUAUUUAUUACGUCUCCCCUUGUACUGUAUCUUUCUGUGAAAGCCUCUCGUCUAUGUAUUUAUUCCUCUUGGUGGCUGAACCAAAAUGGCGAUGCCUUUCUCUUUGCUUCCUUCUCUCCAAGCCUGUCUCUGUCUCCUCCCGUUACCAGUGUAUCAGUAGUGAAACUAAUCCGUGGCACCGGUAUGUCUUGUCGUCUCAUGGCAGACGAUCGCUGACUCGAUAUGUCAUGUCUUGACAGCGUUGUUCCAAUAGCAUACCUGUUGCCAUACUUUCUGCGUGAGUGUGAUGAAAUCUGCCGACUGUUCCGCCCCGCCUCUACAAGGCUACCGUGCAAGUCAAGCAAGUUAACGUG